AUGUCUGUUAAAAUUGCCAUCAUUGGCGCAGGUAUAAUUGGACCUCGUCAUGCUCACUCCGUCGUCAAAAACCCCUCAGCAGAGCUAGUUGGACUUGUUGAUCCCGCACCUACAGGCCCAGCCACAGCUUCCGAAUUGAAAACAGACUACUAUCCCUCCAUAGCAGCAUUACUAGCAUCACCGAACCGCCCAGAGGCAGCUAUAAUAUGCACUCCAAAUAAUACACAUGUCCCAGUAGCAAAAGAGCUACUAGCAGGUGGAAUUCACAUUCUCCUCGAGAAGCCUGUGAGCGAUACCCUGGAAACAGGCCGCUCACUGUUGGAAUUUGCCAAAGCGCCCGAGCAUGCGCAUCUCAAGAUUCUAGCUGGUCACCACCGCCGCUUCAAUCCCUACGUACGUGCCACCAAGUCCAUUCUUGAUGCAGGGUCUCUAGGCCGUCUCAUUGCGGUCAACGGCCUCUGGACACUCUACAAGCCAGAUUCGUACUUUGCAUCGCCGACAGAAUGGCACGCAUCUCGGGAUCGAGGCGGCGGUGUAAUUCCCAUCAACCUCGUCCAUGAUAUUGACCUCAUGCACCACUUAUUCGGGCCCAUAGUUCGUGUGCAGGCGGAGCGGAUCACCCCACAACGGCCGAAGCCUCACGAUGCAGAUGAGGGUGCUGCACUCACGCUCCGCUUUGCUUCUGAUGUCGUGGGUACGUUCCUUGUUUGUGAUGCUACGCCUUCGCCGCAUAGCUUCGAGGUUGGCACGGGUGAGAACCCGAUGAUUGUACCUACGGAUAAUGGGUCAGAUUUCUAUCGCAUCUUUGGAUCGGAGGCUUCGCUUAGCGUGCCGGAUCUUACGCGCUGGAGUUAUGACGGGAAGCCGGAGAAGAGCUGGUCGCAGCCAUUGACCAUUGAUAAGAUUGAUCUGCCCGAUAAUGUGGCCCCCUUUGAUCUUCAGAUUGCCCAUUUCGUGGAUGUUGUGAGGGGCGUGGCUGAGCCUAGUUGUACUGGGGAGGAGGGUUUGCGUGCUUUGGUCGUCUGUGAGGCUAUCCAGAAGGCAAUGCAGACUGGUCAGCCGGUCGAUAUUGCAGUUGAUCCGUUGGCUUAA